UAAGGUUCAGUCGUAACGUCAAUCGAGCAUGGAUUGUGACAAUUAAUAUAGAAAGUUUUCAUAGGUUUCCGAAAGAUAAAGAUAGAAGAAGCAAAUGGUUGCAAGCAAUCAAUAUGAAUCAAGUUUUACAAUCUGCUCAGCUGUGCUCCAAUCACUUUAAAUCAUCAGAUUACCAAGAAACAUUAUAUGGACUAAGAGGACGACUUAAAAACACUGCUAUUCCCGAAAUUACUUCACGAAAAAUCAAUUGUGAUAACAUAGCAUUAUCUAGUGACAAAGAAUUUCAUAUUAAAAUAGAACAGAAUACAUGUAAGAAACAAUCCGAUGAAAUUAAUAUAGAAGAAUGCAAUAUGGAAUGUAACGAUGGUGCAAAAGAUAAUCCUAACUCAUUGAAAAGAAAAUUAAUAGAGAAUAAAGAAGUAGACUUUCCUUUGAAACAUAUCAGAUAUAUAAAGGAUAUUAAUAUAUGCCAAGUAUCUAGAAAUCCGGACGAAGCGGCAAUAGCAUUAGACGUUGCAUUAGAAACAAUUACAGAACAGGCAAAGAAAAUACAACAUUUGCAAGUGCAGACAUGUAAACUAAAAAAACGAGUGCAGAAUUUGAUUGAGUUAAAUAAACAUUUACGCGACAAUAAUUUAAUUUCUAAAAAAGCUUUAGAACGUAUGAACAAAAUUAUCGUGAAGUUGGCAUGAACGCUUUGUCAAAUCCAGUCGUCGUCUAUAUCAGCAAUAAGUUGUUUUUCAAGCAAAAUCUGUGAUAAAACUAGACAAAUAAAUUAGCAGCAAAAA